AUGACCUCUGUGAGGCCUUACUGUCUGUACAACAUGUCAAAGUCGAGGGAGGAAUGUUGGACAACACCCUGUAUGGAUCACCGGUAACAGCAGUGGCAGGUCAGUCUAGUUUUAUUAUAAUGUCUUUACAUGCAAAAACCCCAAAGUAUCUCUUCAGCUUGCCAUCAAAUCAAAUGAUUUUAUCAAAUGAUUCACCAUAGUUUUCAAAAUAGGCCUAGGCCUAUUAGUUAAUUCCAAUAUGCCAUUCUCAAAUGGUAAUGGACAGUAGCCCAUUUAUUUAAUCAAUUUGCAAUCUGAUUACUUGUUUUCAAGUCGGCCUAUAACCUAAUUGCAGUAUUAAUGCAUCAAACUUGUCCUUCACAUGUGUAGUGUGACAUAUGUGUAGCAAUGGACUUUAUUACAUUGUUUAAUCUUCUUAAUGACAAAUCUGUUUUCAAUUUACUUGUUCUCCAUAAACAGGUGUAUGGAGACCCGUUCCACUUCCAUCAAUGGAGCCCCACAGCUCAAUGAGGACAAAGACCCUUGCCUUUUGGAGUUGGAGAGAAUGAACAAGGAAAUUGAGACUGUGAAGAAUGCAGAGGAGAUGAUCCCGUUAUCAAACAGUGCAGAUUAA